AUGGCGGAGCUUCACAAUAUAUCCUCCUUUGAAGAGGAAAUGUGCCAGCCCCCGGGCACGUUCAAGCUGAUCCGAGAGGACGAAAUAGAUGAACACGGGCAACGCCUUAUCAUCCUCGACCCAAUCCCCUCGUUCGAUCCGAAUGAACCUCUAAAUUGGACCACGAUGCGCAAAUCAGUCAAUUUCACGAUCGUUUUGGCUAUGACUAUCGUUAUCUUCACAGCAAUUUCCAUUCAAGCCAUCUUUUGGCAGCAGAUGACAAUUGAUAUGGAAGUCACCUACGAAGAACUGAACAACACGAUGUCCGUAAAUUAUGUUGGUCUCGCAACUGGCUGCGUCCUUUUUAUCCCAUUCGCGAAAAAGUACGGCCGACGCCCAGUCUACAUCGUGUCGAGUGCACUGAUGUUGGCGACAACAUUCUGGUCAUAUAAAAUGACCAGUUUGGCAGAGCUGUAUGUGACCAACUUGCUGCAGGGCUUAGCUGGUGCAACCAACGAGUCGAUAGUUGCGAUAACAAUUACCGACCUGUUCUUUGUGCAUCACCGGGGCAGUAUGAAUGGGCUAUACCUGACCUGUGUCAUGAUUGGCAACUUCUUGACCCCCAUGGCUGCAGGAGCACAAGCCACAAAGUAUGGCUGGCGCUCGUCCUAUCAGACGAUGGGGAUCUUCAACGGUAUCCUUUUUAUCCUCUUCCUCUUCGUCUACGAGGAAACAAAAUACAUCCCUACAGUCACUGGGCAAGUCAGCACUACCUCCGAGGAAGAAGAAGAAGAAGAAGAAGAAGAAGAAGAAGAUCCAGCCAUCUCAAUCAGAGAAGAUGGUCCGGACAAAUUUGACACGGAGCCUGCAGCCAAAGCUUCUUCUAUCACCGAACCAGCUCGUUCCCACCAUGUGCUAGACAUCACCAUACCGCAGAACUCAUGGCGCAAGCGACUUGCCCUGAUAACGCCAACAUCAGAGCCAAUCUGGCCGUCCUUCUACAGUCCCUUCUGCGUGCUCAUCUUUCCGGCCGUGGCAUUUGCCGCGCUUCAAUACGCAGCUGGAGUAGCCUGGCUGACGGUGACCUCUAGCGUCUUGUCGCUCGUAUUUCCAGAGCCACCAUAUCUCUUCUCACCUGCUCAAAUUGGAUAUACUAGUGCUGGUCCUCUCGCCGGGAACAUCAUCGGUGCGGUAUAUGGCGGAUUCCUCGGUGAUCGGUCAAUUUUGUACUACGCAAAACGCAACAAGGGCUAUUACGAGCCUGAAAUGCGGUUGUACAUAUUGCAUCUUCCGGCUAUUUUCAUGGCAGGCGGGCUUGUCAUGUUUGGUGCAACAAUCUCUAGGGGAUUGCACUGGAUCUGGCCCAACAUUGCAGGCGCCUUCUUCGGGUUUGGUCUAGGCAGUAUUAGUGAUGCUGCAUUGGUGUUAGUCAUGGACAGUUACAGAGAGAUUACUGGCGAUGCUUUCACCGCUGUGGCGUUCCUGCGAAACGCGGUCAGUAUCGGCAUUCCAUUCGCUAUCUCUCCCUGGAUCCAGCGCAACGGCAUACAAAACAUGUUUAUAGCGUGUGGGAUGAUGAGUCUGGUUAUCACUGCGACGAUCAUUCCAAUGAUUGUAUGGGGUAAGUCUGCUCGGCGCUCAUUGACAGGCCGAUAUGACGACAUCGUGGAGCGCGCCCACGGUGUUUGA